AGAGUGAGCGUAAACAAAACAGCCAGACGCUUUCCCGAUUUAUUGACCUUAAAAGUGCAUCUCUUGGCCAUUGGCCAAUGAAAAGGCACCUUCCAUUGGGAUGAAAAACGUUUUUGACCGGCCUGCUGUCCAAAAAGGCAGGAGCGUUCAGAUCGUUCAGAUCCAAGAUGUUGGCCAAAAUCAUUUCCCGCUCCCAAACAUCAACACCGAACCGAUCAUGACCCUACUCAGAUUACCUGCUGAGCACUGAACGCCGCCCAAACGAAAAACCUGUGGCCUUUGUGGCCAUGGAGCCUGGGAGCUAUCCAUUGGAAAAGACUUGCGUGCGGUUCGUGGAUCCUGACACCUCCCACGGCAACCAUUUAUGGAACGGCUUCCGUCAAGCUCGAUGUGAUCAACAGUUCUUGGAUGUGCGUCUCAUCAGUGCCGAGGGUGUCAGCCUCCACACCCACGCCUUCCUCUUGGCCUCGGCCUCGUCAUUGUUUCGGCACCUCCUCAGUCUCGCCAUGCCCACAGAUUCAGUUUCCAGCCCGCCCAUAUCUGAUGAUCGGGGCCUGAUAUCGAUCUCCUUGCCCGAUGUGUCCACCCCAAUCUUGGCUCAGGUAAUCGAUCUACUCUAUGAACCCUGGACGCAACGCCCGCCGGACUUGAGUGCGCUCGGGGUGGAUUUCUUGUCCUUCCAUCUCCCUCCUCCUGGCGAAGACACCCAAGAGUCGGGUCAGGCUAUGUCCAUUGUGUCCCAAUUGUCCAACGAUGCCACUCAAUCGGUGUUAUUGCGCUGGUCCAAAGAUCCGUUGCCUAAGAACUUUCUGGCUCAUCGAGAUUCCGUCGACAUGGAUCGGGAUUCGAUGGAAGCGAUCUUUUCGAAACUUUAUCAGUGUCCCACUUGCGGCAAAGGCCUCAAGUCCAUGUCCGCCCUUUCACAACACAAGCAGAUCCACUUGCCCAAGGCUCCGGAUGCGUUCAAGUGUGGCAUUUGCCACGUGUCUUUUGGCACUCGCCGAUAUUUGUAUCAGCACAAUCAUCGAAAGCACCAGGCCGUCAAGGCCUUUGAAUGCGAGGUGUGCCAUCGAGUUCUAGGCGGGGCGGAGGCCUUGAGAGGCCAUAUGCGAUUGCAUAGUGGGGCCAAACCUUACCAAUGUUUGUUGUGUCAGAGAUCGUUUCGCAAUCGGUCCACGCUGAACAAUCAUAAAAAGGCCCAUAGUCAGACUCGCCCCCAAGUAUGUGGCCAAUGCGGCAAAGCGUUCGUACAAAAGGGAGACCUACGGAAACACAUGCGCACUCACACCCAUGAAAAGCCUUUUAAGUGCGAGACGUGUGGACGUUGCUUUGCCCGCACGGAUUACUUGAAAAAGCACAAACGGGUUCACGUUCGAUCCGAAUCGGAUUUGGAAGAGAGACAAUUCCAACUGAAAAUCGAUCUGGCUGGCGAAGAAAUCUCGUGUUCACUCAUGGACGAGAGCAUCCUGACGGAACCUUUAAGCGGUCUGCCCGAUGAAUUAGUGCUUGACUCUGGACAUCUGGAUAGACCCGAGGUUGAGAAGCCUGUUUAGCCAGCCCAGACAAGUCAGUCAUAAGCAGGGAUGAGAAAUAAUUAAAAGCCAUUCUUUCGACCAACUGGCGAAAACGGUGGCAGAAAUUCCUUCAAAGUUGAAUUUUGCCAUCGUUGGUGAAAAAGUCUUAACGGUCAUAACAUCUGAAGUUCCAUUUCGGUCGUAUGUUCAGAUAAGAUUCCUGCAAUACUAUUCGGUGUUAGUUUAACUCCGAUGUGGAACGCCUAGAAAGAUAUUUACCGGCUAGCUAUUCAGUGUUAAAACUGUACACAAAAACACCUUGCUUCACUACAGCCACGGAUUCUACGACUUAUGAUAUUUUGUAUGAGGUGGCAUUAACCAAGAUGCAAGUCAAAAUAUGGAUAUCUUGACUUCCAUCAGGGCGAUGGAUUGUUUUAUGUAAUUAUGAUCAAUAAUUGAGAAUUUUCAAUCGUCAGCCUUGGUUAACAAUGCUCAGAUUACACUUCUGGUUUUGGCUCCCUGCCAUACAACUUUUAGAAGGAUUUUAUUGCGCGUACAAUUAUGGAAAACUCCAACAAUCUGUAUUACUGAUUAAAAAUAGAUUUCUGCUCUGCUGAACACA